AUGGUGGCUCCGGCCUCGAUGGGAGCGAAUCUGGCCAACCCUCCUCCGUCCUCGACCUCUCGACAGCCCGCUCGCACCUCCAGCACCCAUCCGUCCCACUCCCAUAAUGUGCCUCUGAGUGCGAGACGGUCUGCGCCGCUGGACCUGUCGACCGUUGAACGGCGAGGACAACCCAACGCGGCGCGAGAACCGGUGAAACGGGUGCGCCCGCAUGGCUUGCAGGAGGCUCCAACCUACCGUCCGACGGAGGAGGAGUGGAAGGAUCCUAACGAGUAUAUCCGUAAGAUCGCACCGGAAGGAAAGAAGUACGGCAUCUGCAGGAUCAUUCCUCCGGAGAAUUGGAAUCCCCCAUUUGCGAUAGAUACAGAGCGAUUUCAUUUUAAAACCCGUCGACAGGAGCUCAACUCGGUCGAAGGAGGUAUGCCCCAGCGUUCAGCCAGACCUGCUGCCGGUGGAGGAGAUCCGCAGCCCAGUUCUGACCCGGAGCCAGGAACCCGUGCGAACCUGAACUAUCUCGAUCAGCUCGCCAAGUUCCAUAAGCAGCAUGGGACCAACCUCAACCGCUUCCCCAGCGUUGACAAGAGACCCCUCGAUCUAUACAAAUUGAAGAAAGCCGUCGAGGUCCGGGGUGGCUUCGACCAGGUCUGCAAGCUGAAGAAAUGGGCCGAGAUAGGUCGUGACCUCGGCUACAGCGGCAAGAUCAUGUCUUCCCUAUCAACCUCGCUCAAGAACUCAUAUCAGAGAUGGCUACAACCCUACGAGGAGUAUCUGCGUGUCGCUAAGCCGAGUGUGCAGCAGCAGCUGGAACUUGAGCACGGUGGUCCCUACACUCCAUCGCCUCAUCCGUCACCGAUGAACAAAAGGGCUGUAUCGGAUCACAAUACUCCAUCGCGUGAUUCGCCAGCAAUCCGUGCAUCUGUAGCUCUGAACUCCGUACAGGCCGAAGCGACUCCGGACAAGCCGACACCACCGGUGGAACAGCAGCCACCACUUCGCCCCUCCGGUUUCACACCAGUCAAUGCGAACCCUGGAGGAUUUACAGCUGUUAACAAGUCUCCUUCGUUUGUGGCCGUCAACAAUGGUCCUACCGCAACAGUCAAACAGGAGGCCGAGAACGGAAAUCUCACUCCCAAGAGCAUAGCUGACCAUCCCUCGGCCACUCCCGCGAGCAAUGGCCAUGGCAUCAAGCGUGCCAUCAGCCAUGACAGCCUGACUGGCGGCUCUCAGACCGAGAAUGGGGAUCCUGAUGCGAAUGGACGUCGCAGUAAGCGUCUAAGAAAAGAUGCGCCGCCUCCGCCUACCGUUGCUGGAUCGCACAUGAGCCUGCUACGACCGGCUCCGCCUCGGAUGCGACAGAACAACGGCAACCGUCGAACAGGUGAUAAAUGUGAAAGCUGCGGCAAGACAGACGACCGUCCAUCGAUUCUUCUUUGCGACAGUUGUGAGAAUGGUUACCACAGAUACUGCCUGGAUCCUCCUAUUAACUCCGUUCCUGAGUAUGAUUGGCAUUGUCCCAAGUGCCUUGUUGGAACCGGCGAGUUCGGGUUCGAAGAGGGUGGCGUAUACUCCCUCAAGCAAUUCCAGGAGAAAGCGAACAACUUUAAGAAGAACUAUUUUGCCCCGAAAAUGCCAUUCGAUCCUGUCUUGAACACGCAUCGUCGUGAAUCAGAAGACGACGUUGAGCGCGAAUUCUGGAGACUGGUCGAGAGCUUGACGGAGACUGUUGAAGUUGAAUACGGUGCAGAUAUCCACUCCACGACACAUGGCAGUGGCUUCCCGACCGUGGAGCGGAAUCCUCUUGACCCAUACUCUGUCGACCCCUGGAAUCUGAACGUGCUUCCUUUCUAUGGCGACUCACUCUUCCGACACAUAAAGUCCGAUAUUUCUGGAAUGACUGUGCCUUGGGUCUACGUGGGCAUGUGUUUCUCGACUUUUUGUUGGCAUAACGAGGACCACUAUGCUUACUCCGCCAAUUAUCAACAUUUUGGUGCCACAAAGACGUGGUAUGGUAUCCCUGGAGCCGAUGCGGAAGCUUUCGAGGAGGCCAUGCGACAGGCGGUUCCGGAACUUUUUGAAGGGCAACCCGACCUCCUCUUCCAGCUUGUGACACUCAUGCCACCCGACCAGCUGAAAAAAGCCGGUGUCAACGUGUAUGCUCUCGACCAGAGAGCAGGUCAGCUCGUCAUUACAUUUCCGCAGGCCUAUCACGCCGGAUUUAACCACGGAUUCAACUUCAACGAGGCUGUCAAUUUUGCACCCACGGACUGGGAACCCUGGGGCGCCAUGGCCAUCGAACGGCUGCGGGCAUUUAGAAGGCAACCAUGCUUUUCUCACGACGAGCUGUUACUGACAGCUGCUUCAAGAGAUAGCUCUAUUAAGACCGCUAAGUGGCUAGCUCCCGCCCUGGAAAGGACUUAUAAUCGGGAAGUGGAAGAGCGCGCAGCUUUCAUUAGUCGUCACAAAGAAAUAGCCCCGCACAACUGCAAAUUGGGUUCGGAUGAUCCUUCUACCACGGGUGACUGUCAACUGAACUUUGUGGUUGAGGAGAAGGAUCUCCCCGAAGACGAUUACCAGUGCAGUUAUUGCAAGGUUUACACCUACCUGACGCAAUUCCGCUGCCAUAAGACGGGAAAGACUAUCUGCCUGCUCCAUGCUGAGAGUUACGACUGCUGCGGAGAGCCGUUGGCACAACGACUGACGGGACCGGACCAUACUCUCCGCUACCGGAUGAGCAACGAUGCCCUGAAAGCCGUGAUGGACAAGGUCAAGGACCGUGCCAGGAUCCCCGAAGCGUGGUCGGAGAAACUCGACAAGGUUCUGGAAGAUGAACCGAAACCCCAGCUGAAGGUCCUCCACAGCUUGCUAAGCGAAGGUGAGAAAAUCCCAUACCAUUUACCUGGCCUUCAAGAUCUUGCGGCAUUUGUCCAGCGCUGCGACAAGUGGGUAGAAGAAGCAAAUAACUACAUCACGCGGAAACAACAGAACCGCAGAAAGAACGAAAAGGCUUGGCGCAAGGGCAAUUCCGUGAAGGCCGCGCAGCUGGAAGAACGCGAUCGUGAACUUCGCAGAGUGGAGAAUAUCCACGCCCUACUUGCAGAGGCUGAUAAACUUUCCUUCGACUGUCCACAGAUGGCGGCACUGGAAGAGAAGACCCGCGAGAUCGACAAAUUCCGUCAGGAAAUUAACGCCGCCCUUAGGAACCCCCACAUCCGGUCGGUUCAGGAAGUAGAAGACCUGGUCGAAUCGAGCCGGAAUUUCAAUGUGGAUAUCCCCGAAGUAGAAGGACUCGAGCACAUCCUACGGCAAAUGAAAUGGAAUGACGAGGCCCGUCGUAAGCGUGACCAGUAUCUGACCCUGAAGGAGUGUCAGGAACUAGUCCAGGCUGGUGAGAAACUUGGUUUGGCUGACAAUAAUGACCACCUGCUCUUCUUCAAGGAGUUGAGUCGCCAGGGUGAGACCUGGGAGUCAAAGGCCAAAGAAUUGAUGUCCGCUGAAUCUGUACACUACCAGCAGCUUGAGGCCCUUUCCGCGCAGGCCUCUCGGUUCCCUGUUUCUCCUGAGAUCCUUACUGCCGUCGAUGCGAUCUUGACAAAGCAACGGGAAGCACAGAAACAGAUCCAAGAUAUCUAUGAGAGAAGUAAAGACCCGGACUUUCGGAAACGACCCAAGUACAAAGAAGUCCGCGAGUUGAUGGAGUCACUUGAGCAACUCAACAGUCGGCCAACCGGGGCGAUAGACCUCGAGCGGGAACAAAAAAGGCACGAGGACUGGAUGAGGAAGGGCAAAAAGCUGUUUGGAAAAGCCAACGCUCCCUUGCACAUUCUCAAAUCUCAUAUGCAGUACGUUGAGAAAAAGAAUGCGUCUUGUUUCGAUCUUGAAGAUAGGUGUCGGCCGCCCGUCGAGCCCGCAUCGCGCGAGGGAAGUCCCGAUGGCCUUCUGGAAAACCAUAGCAGUGGCAUGUGGGGAGGUGGCAAGUCUAGGAAGCGAGACGUCUUCUGCAUUUGUAGGCAGUCGGAGGCUGGGAUGAUGAUCGAAUGUGAAGUCUGUCAUGAAUGGUACCAUGGCAAGUGCUUGAAGAUCGCUAGAGGUAAGGUCAAGGAGUUCGACAAGUAUACGUGCCCAAUCUGUGAUUGGCGCCGAAAGAUACCUCGCGACGCCGCUCGCCCAAAGAUUGAAGAUCUCCUGGAUUGGCAGGCUGAAAUCCCAUACUUGCCGUUCCAACCCGACGAAGAAGAGGUUUUGGAGAACAUAAUCAAUCAAGCUACUGCCUUCCGGGAUUUUCUGCAGAGCUUCACCAAUGCUACUUGCACCACCACGGAGGAAGUUCCGACAUUGAUAUUCUAUCUGCGGAAGAUUGAGGGAGCUGAAGUUCUUCUCGCUUAUGAAACCAACUUCUUCCGUCAGGAGAUCCAUAAAUGGGCGCCUGUGGCACCAGAGGCUCCUCCGAUCCUCGAGCAGUCGCUCUCAACACGCAAACCUCGCCCUACGAAGCAACAGAAGAUAAUGGCUCAACUUGGUGUCGAGCGCCCAGAGGAUCUUCCACCCCAUCUCCGACCGAAGCAGAAUAACGUUGCGAAGCGGAAAUCCCUAGAGUCCCAGACCCCGCGACCACAUCCAUUGCAACCAGCCUCUCAGUUCAGUUCUGAUACGCCAGGAGAACGAGCUCGAUCAGUUUCGGCCAGCCAUGUCCCAACAUUGAGCGCUUCUAGCACGCAGCAAUCCCAGCCCUAUCCCUUUUCCGCCAAUUAUUCGCUCGUCGCGAGUGAUCCUACUCCAGCAUUUGCAGCUGGAUCUUCAGAUUUCUUACCUGCCUCUCACGUCCGUUCGCCUACUUUUGCUCCACGUUCUCCGUCACACCAUCAAGGUCUAGAUCAGCCGCUGUUUAGCCCACCGAGCUUCAAUCGCGAUCAAAACGAUGGCCCUUCAGGUGUUGACAUGGAUGGCAACAAUCCGUUCGGAAGCAGCCCUCGCCAGAACUUGGAUGAUGUCUUUGCCGAUCUCACAAAUCAGGACCCAGACCCGGAACCGGAGCCUGAGAUGAUGGAAAACACUCAUGCCAAUGAAGCUUUGGAGGUGUUGGAUGCGAGCAACAGUGGAGAGCACUCUGCGUCUCCUGAGCAGGCCAACGAUGAAGCUGGCGAGAAGGGCUUGGCAAACGGUAAUGCCGAUGGCCGUGAAGAUGCCGCGCGGAAUGCAGAGGAUGACUUCUAG